GCGGGAGCCAACGUUUUCCGCUUUGUCCAGGUUUACCUGCGGGAUUAAAAUCUCUCGCUUUUGUCUUCCACAGUGAAACGUGUCAUGUUUCAUUAGAGUUAGAAAGAUGCUACAUGCAGCUCACAACCACCAAAGAACAUCGAAGACUCGAUCACAGCCCGCCGCCGUGUCGUCGAUGUGCUGUUGACUGAGUCCUGGAAGGUUUUUUUUUUUCCCUCCAAUUCCAUGAGAAAUUGUCAAACUACUGCGAAAUGAGUCCAGAAGGCAAGAUGCUCUUGAACAUCGUCAUCCUUGGCGUCAGCUUUAUGUUGCUGAUCAGUGCUUUUCAAACAUGUGGAAAUGUUGAGCAAACAGUUAUCAGAAGCUUCAAUAACAGUGAUUUUCACGGGAGCGGAUACACAAGUAUGGCCAUUGUCUAUGGCGUGUACUCUGUGUCCAGCCUCAUGGCCCCGUCAGUGGUCGCUGUCGUAGGACCGCGUCUGUCGAUGUUUGUUAGUGGGCUUUUUUACAGCGGGUACAUCGCUGUGUUCAUUUACCCAUACACCUGGAGCUUCUAUACAAUGUCUGUGUUGGUUGGAAUAGCAGCUGCAGUGUUGUGGACAGCUCAGGGACUUGUACUUUCUAUCAACUCAACUGACUCCACCAUGGGAAGAAACAGUGGGAUAUUUUGGGCGCUGCUUCAAUUCAACUUAUUCUUUGGAAACCUGUACGUAUAUUUUGCUUGGCGUGGACAUGUGUCCCUCACAGACAAGGAUCGUCAGACAGUGUUCAUCUCUCUCACAACUGUUAGCUUGUUGGCAUGCUUCCUCUUCUUUCUACUCCGGAAACCUGAUCCUGAACCCGUUCCCUCAGAAGAAUUGUCAACUAAUACUGUCACCACAGCUGGGUCACCUCCAUCAAGUGUCCUCUCACAAGCUGUGGAUGCUUUUUUCAAGUUGUGCAAACUGUUUGUCACCAAAGAAAUGCUGCUCCUGAGCACUUCCAUGGGAUACACAGGCUUGGAGCUCACAUUUUACAGCGGCGUAUAUGGGACAUGUAUCGGGGCCAUGACAAAGUUUGGGCCUGAUGCAAAGAGUCUGAUCGGUGCCUCUGGUAUUUGUGUUGGCCUCGGCGAAAUUUUAGGUGGGGGCACAUUUGGGAUCUUGAACAAAAACAACCGAUUUGGCAGAAACCCAGUGGUGCUGUUAGGACUCAUCACUCACUUUUUUGCCUUCUACCUGAUUUUCCUGAACACUGCCAGUGAUGCCCCUUUGGCCCCAGCAUCAGGAACAGAUCUGCAUGGCUACAUCACUCCCAGCAUUGGGGUGGCGUUGCUGUGCAGCUUCCUGCUAGGCUUAGGCGACAGCUGCUUCAACACUCAACUCCUCAGCAUCACCGGCGUCAUGUUUCGUGACAACUGUGCACCUGCCUUUGCUGUUUUUCGGUUAAUUCAGUCCAUCAUGGCAGCUCUGGCUUUCUUCUACAGUAACUAUCUGCUGCUGCACUGGCAGCUGCUCAUCCUGGUUGUGGUGGGUUUCUUUGGCUCGGUGACUUUCUUUAUGGCCGAAAGGGCCUGCAAAGCCCAACGAGAGAAUUUCAGCCUAUGACAGCAUCAGAUACACACUGAAGUCCAUAAAUAUUUAAUUUAAUCAUUUAUCAGUCAAAAAAUAUGCUUAUUUAGGGUCUGCUCCUUUCUCUGGCCCUGCCUAAAGCAGAGUCUCUACAUCCAGGCGCCGGUGACUGUGGCUGCCCACUGCUCCUAGUGGUAGGAUGGGUUAAGUGUCGAGGACAAAUUUCAUUCUAUGUACGUACAAUGACAAUAAAGGCUCUAUUUUGUUCUGUUCUAUCACUACGUAAUAAAGUUCAAAGCAAAUGGGAAA